AUGUCGGCUAUAGAAUGGAGCGAUAAUAGCCGUGAGGUCCGAUCAGCUGAUUUGUGCAGAGUGGAAAGCUCCGAACCACAAGAGAACUUGGAAGUCAUUACCUUCCAGCAAAUGCAGCUCAAAGGAAUUCCUGACACAAACGAGAGAGAAGAGCACAAGAUCCCACAAGUGAUGAGUAUGAGUUGCAACUCUGCGUUUUGGCUGCUGCUUAUCUUCGUGUGUAAGUCGAUCGAAGAUGAGGAAGCAAGUGUGUACUCGGAGCCAUACAGUCACAGGACUUUGAACCUCCAAAGUUUGGUGAAUGUGGAAAGAAUACUCUUCAUCGAGUUGGGGAGAAGCAACAUUCUGGAUGCACAGAGCGACACAAACUUCCGCUUUAAUGGCAAGGAGCAACUCGUUACCAGCAAGGGGAUUAGGGUAGAAGGUGGACACAGAAUCUUUGAGAAGGUUUCUCAAUUUUCAAGAUGCACCCGUGUUAGCUCAAAUCAAUCAAGAGGAUUCAUUUGCAGAAAUAUCAUUUUGGCUGGAUUGCUCCAAGACUAUAGCCUGCACUCAACCAGCGAUUUUAUAUCAGCACUAAAUUCUCAAACGUUUUGUCGUUUAAGGUCGAUAUUACGAUUCAGGUCAGUCUUAGCGGCUGCCACAGCGGAGGAUUAGAUCAACACAAAAGUUCCAUGGACUUGACAUAAUCUUGUUCUGGCCAUGGAGUUGUUUGCACUCGCUGAGGGGGGCAGAGUACCGUCAAACAUGCGUACUUUCAAAAGCGGUAGGAUCAGUUCCGUCAUAGCGAA